AUGAAAUGCACACUCCGUUUCCGCCGGUUUAACCAUUCCAAGGCGGACAAACUGGAGCACUCAAAAACUUAUUUCACAGCAUUCCACAUAUUCCUUUCAUUUCUUUGCAAUUGCUUAACAAACUCAAGGAAGGGAUUUACAAAUUUGUGCGAUUGCUUAAAACACAAACGGGCAUCCACAAAAUCUCAAAUAUUGUUAAAAUUAAUCGUCUCUCUCGUUCGCUGUGGCCUGAUUCUUAAUUUUGCCGAUAACAGACCAUCAUUGGCUGUGGAGGAAUUUUCGUUUACAAUAGCACAAACAAUAUGUCUAGGUGUAAAUAUUCUUAGCACUGUUACAUUUCAAUCAACUGGAACAAAUUUAUCGUUUGUGGGUCCUUCACAAGGAAGAAAAACAACUCAAGAGAACCCGGACCUAAACGAUUGGGGAAAUUUUAUAACGAAGUUGUCUAUAGCAUCUAUUCAAAAAAUCAAAAAUUGCAUAGUUUUAACAAGCAAAUAUUAUUAUUAUUAUAAAGUUACAGUUAGCAGCUUAUCUUUGAGUUGGUGGUUUGAAUUUGGUUCCACUGUCACUCGAAACGAUCUGCUUAGUGGAGAGCUUUGCAUCAAAUGGAAAUAUAGCAACAACUGUUUCAACACAAAUUUAGCAAAACUUAUUUCAGUGAUUUAG